UUGAAAUUCAAAAAUUUCUAUCUUUCGGGAGGCAUUCAAUGGUCAUCAAUUUGCGGUGAAAGCGAUCCAUUAACCAAAAGCCGAGUCAAAGGGACGUUUUACAAAUUGAGUACUGAGUUCGAAUGUGCUGAGUGCAAAAGUUCAUCUGCAUCCGAGGUGAAAGGUCAGUUUCGUGAAGGAAUCUACGGUGAUGCGUACUAUUGUUUUGAUGGCAUACCAUACGCCAAGCCACCGCUUGGAGAGUUGCGAUUUAAGUCGCCACAGCCGGCAGAACCUUGGCUAGACGUGCGCGAUUGUACUAAGUGUCCACCCAAGUGCAUACAAACAAAUCGUUAUUCGGGUGCAGUUGAAGGAUCUGAAGAUUGCUUGUAUUUGAAUGUUUACGCGAAAAAGCUAAACUCCGAAAAGCCCUUACCCGUCAUUGUAUACCUGAUUGGUGGACGAUUUACAACGGGCGAUGCUUCACGCUCAGAUUGGGGUCCUGAUUACGUUAUGAUGACGGAAGUUAUAUUCAUAAGUAUUGGAUUUCGUUUGGGAGCUUUGGGUUUUCUGAGCUUCCCUGAACCAGAACUCCAAGUGCCAGGUAAUGCUAGCCUCAAGGAUAUAUAUUUAGCUCUGCAAUGGAUAAAGCACAACUGUCACAACUUCAACGGUGAUCCCAGCAACAUUACACUGUAUGGACACAGUUCAGGCAGUUCUGCUGCACAUAUGCUAAUGAUGGCACCAAAAUGUGAAACGCUCUUCCACAAAGUGAUAUUAAUGAGUGGCACUCAAAUGCAUAUACCUAAAACUCCAGAUCUGGAGUAUCGUUUUGCCAAACAUUUGGGCUAUGAGGGCGAAAGGGAUAAUCGCAAAAUCUUGGCAUAUUUAAUGUCGCUAGAAGCGGAGCGCCUUAGCGAUCUGCAAAUUUGGACACCGGGCGAGCAAGAACAAUGCCUUUUUUAUGUUUUUUCCAUAACAAUUGAAAGUGAAACCUCGCCAGAUGCACUAAUUACAAAGGAUCCACUUGACAUAUUCGUCGAUAAGCAGGCUUGGUCUAAUAAUAUACCAAUAGUUAUGGGCAGUAAUUCGUUCGAAUCACUAAUGCAUUACAAAUAUUUCACGGAAGACCAUGAACAGCUGCUCAGACUGCCGUUGGGCGAGAUCAGAGGCCAACGCUGCCAGACAAUUUAUGCGCAUGCUUACUACAGUUUUGAGGGUAUACCCUAUGCAAAGCCGCCAUUGGGCGAGUUGCGCUUCAAAGCACCACAACCUGUUGAGCACUGGGCUGGCGUAAAGGACUGCACGCAAUGUGCGAGCAAACCAAUGCAAAAGAACUCGCGCACUGGUGGGGUGGAGGGUGCCGAGGAUUGUCUAUAUCUCAAUGUUUACACAAAAGAACUAAAAAGCGAGCAGUUGUUGCCUGUUAUGGUGUUUAUAUUUGGCGGUGCAUAUUAUAUGGGCGGGGCUACAAGAAAUUCUUAUAGCCCAGACUAUUUUAUGAGCGAAAAAGUGGUGCUGGUAACAUUAAACUACCGGCUGUGUUCCCUUGGUUUUCUGAGUCUCGCGGAUCCUGCGCUACAAGUACCCGGCAAUGCAGCGCUCAAAGAUCAAAUACUCGCGCUCAGAUGGGUGAAACAAUAUAUCAGCCACUUCAAUGGUGAUCCCAACAAUAUAACAGUUUUUGGAGAAAGCGCCGGCGCUGCUAGCGUUCAUGCGCUAAUGCUUAGCGAACAGACAAGCGAUCUUUUUCAACGUGCCGUCCUUAUGUCCGGCACUGCGCUAAGCUAUUGGGUCAACAUGCCGCAGACUGAUAUGGCCUAUAGAUUAGCAAAAUUUAAUGGUUAUAGCGGUGAGAAUAUAGACGCAGAAGUAUUAUGCUUUCUACAACAAUUAGAGCCUGCCAAACUGGUACAACAUUCGCUGCUCAAUGAGGAGGAACGCAGAAAGUUGUACAUAUUUCCUUUCGGACCAAUUGUGGAGCCAUAUGUUAGCGCGGAUUGUGUUUUGCCAAAGCGACCAUUUCAGCUGUUAAGAAAUGCCUGGAGUAAUCGCAUACCAUUGAUUAUUGGCGGUAACUCCUUUGAGGGUCUCUUUAUGUAUCAACGUCUGAAGAUGUUUCCACAAAUAAUGCGCACGCUUUUGAAUGAUCCAGAACGUAUUUUACCAGAGGAUGCAAAAGAAGCUUAUACGCCUGAACAGCGGCGGGAAAUGGGUACAAAUAUGCUGAAAUUAUUUUUUGGUGCGAAAGAGCCAAGCGAUCGUUCGGUGUUCAAAUUUCUAGAUAUUUAUGGCUACAAGCAAUUUUGGCAUGACAUCCAUCGCACUAUUUUGGCACGUUUGUCCUAUGCCUCUGCUCCAACUUACCUAUAUCGUUUCGAUUUCGAUUCACCAGAUUUUAAUUUGUAUCGUGCAAAGUUUUGUGGCCACGAUCCAGUGCAUGGCUGCGCGCAUGCCGAUGACCUAUCAUACAUGUUUUUCUCAAAUGACUCGUGGAAAGUUAGCUUGGACUCGGCGGAAUAUAAAACUAUUAGGCGGCUAAUUGGCAUUUUAGUUGCCUUUGCCAAGAACUCCGAUCCUCACUGUGAUGAAAUUAAACCAAUUGUAUGGCAUGCGCUUGAGAAGUCCAACCCGAGCUUGGCUUUGAAUAUCAGCAAUGAUUUGAGUAUAAUGGAAUUGCCAGAGAGUGUGAAACUGAAAGCAUUUGAUGAAUUAUUUGCAUCAACGGAGCAAUUGUAUUGA